GUCCGUUCACUCCCCACUUUUCACUACCGCCGCUUUACUCUCCCCUCAUCAAUGGCGGCUUUUUUCUCCGGUUUUCUUUCUCUACUGUUCGUUUUAUGCGUUUCCUGUGGUUUUCUACGGGCGGUUUCCGGUGAUCAGACGGUCAAGACUUUCAUUUUCCGUGUGGAAGCCGAAUCAAAGCCGUCCAUUUUCCCAACUCACUACCACUGGUACUCUUCCGAGUUCACCGAGUCGAGCCGAAUCCUCCACGUUUACGACACCGUUUUCCACGGUUUCUCCGCCUCGGUAUCCGCAAGCGACGCCGCUGUCUUAAGUAAGCACCCAUCGGUUCUCGCCGUUUUUGAGGACAAGCGCCGGGAACUCCACACCACUCGUUCUCCUCAGUUCCUUGGAUUACGGAACCAGCGAGGGCUCUGGUCUGAGUCUGACUACGGAUCGGAUGUUAUAAUUGGAGUUUUUGACACCGGAAUCUGGCCGGAAAGGCGGAGCUUCUCUGACUUGCACCUAGGUCCGGUGCCGGCCCGGUGGAAAGGAGUUUGCCAAACCGGCGUUAGAUUCAGUGCGAAGAACUGUAACCGGAAAUUAGUGGGUGCAAGGUUUUUCUCCAAGGGCCUUGAAGCAGCAGCGAGAUCGGCGGGUCCUGUUGGUGGAAUCAACCAAACGGUUGAGUUCAUGUCACCGCGGGAUGCGGAUGGUCAUGGUACUCACACGGCUUCAACCGCCGCCGGAAGGCACUCAUUUCGGGCUAGCAUGGAAGGAUACGCCUCGGGGGUUGCUAAAGGAGUGGCACCGAAGGCGCGGCUUGCGGUUUACAAGGUUUGCUGGAAAAAUUCAGGUUGUUUUGAUUCCGAUAUUUUAGCUGCUUUUGAUGCCGCAGUUAAUGACGGAGUCAAUAUUAUCUCGAUUUCGAUUGGAGGUGGCGAUGGUGUUGCAUCGCCGUAUUAUCUCGACCCAAUUGCAAUUGGAGCAUACGGCGCGGCUUCAAGAGGGGUCUUUGUGUCCUCUUCUGCUGGGAAUGGUGGACCUGAUGGCAUGACUGUCACGAAUGUUGCUCCAUGGCUGGUUACUGUUGGAGCCGGGACAAUUGACCGGAGUUUCCCUGCGGAUGUGAUUCUCGGAAACGGCAAGAGGCUAAAGGGCGUGUCGCUGUACUCUGGUGCUCCGUUGAAGCACAAGAUGUAUCCUCUGGUUUACCCUGGUAAGUCAGGGGAGCUCUCUGCUUCAUUGUGUAUGGAAAACUCACUUAAUCCUAACCAUGUGAAGGGGAAGAUCGUGAUUUGCGAUCGGGGAAGUAAUCCGAGAGUGGCUAAAGGUUUGGUGGUGAAGAAAGCCGGAGGUAUUGGAAUGAUUCUUGCCAACGGAGCUAUGAACGGCGAAGGGCUGGUCGGAGAUGCCCACCUUCUUCCUGCUCUUUCUGUUGGGUCAGACGAAGGGGACGCUGUAAAGACUUAUGUGUCAUCGACCUCGAAUCCAACGGCCACCAUUGAUUUCAAGGGUACUUUGCUCGGAAUCAAACCUGCUCCCGUAGUGGCUUCGUUUUCGGGGAGAGGACCUAGUGGGUUGAACCCAGAAAUUCUGAAACCGGACCUGAUUGCUCCCGGAGUCGACAUUCUCGCCGCUUGGACUGAUGCGGUUGGACCUACUGGAUUGGACUCUGAUUCCCGCAAAACAGAGUUCAACAUUCUUUCAGGAACCUCAAUGGCUUGCCCCCACGUGAGCGGUGCGGCGGCGCUGCUGAAAUCCGCCCACCCUAGUUGGAGCCCGGCUGCCAUUCGCUCCGCCAUGAUGACCACCGCAAGGAUUAUUGAUAACAGGAAUCUGCCGAUGAUUGACGAAGCAAGUGGGAAGCCAUCAACGCCGUACGAUUUCGGUGCUGGCCAUGUCAAUCUCGAUCAGGCAAUGGAUCCGGGUCUCAUCUAUGACAUCACCAACAAUGAUUACAUCAACUUUUUAUGCGCCAUUGGCUACGGACCAAAGGUAAUUCAGGUGAUCACGCGAACACCGGUGAAUUGUCCAGCGAAGAAGCCAUUGCCGGAGAGUCUGAACUACCCUUCAAUCGCUGUAUUAUUCCCAACCUCCUCCAAGGGGCCCAAAAGCAAGACGUUCAUCCGAACCGUGACCAAUGUGGGUCAGGCUAAUGCAGUUUACAGGCCGAAAAUCGAGUCACCGAAAGGGGUGACCGUGACGGUGAAGCCGGCUCACCUAGCGUUCACGGAGGCAGUGAAGAAGCUGAGCUACGUAGUGACUGUAACCGCCGACCCCAAGAACCAAGUGCUGGGUGAUUCCGGUGCUGUUUUCGGGUCCCUUACUUGGACUGACGGGAAGCAUGUGGUUCGAAGCCCCAUCUUGGUAACCAAAUUCAUUCCUUUCUAGAUUGGAUUUUCACAAUCACUGAUUAACUGUAUGAAACGACGCAGUUUCAUAGAAGUGUGCAAGACUCUGAAGGUAGUAUAAUUUUAGAACGACGACCUGUUGUAGCUUUUUUGAGUGUAUGCGUUUCCACUCUUUUGGCAGAAGUUUUUAUUUUUAUUUUUUAUUUUCUAUUUUCGAAUUCUGUUUUAUAAGCUCCUGUAUUUAUAAACUUUGAGGGAAGUUUAUAUGGAGUAAUACUUUUUUGCUUUUAAAAAAUAUAUGUAAUUGGUAUUUCCCAUAACUGAUUUAACGGCAGGGCCACGGAUGGCUAAAAUUGAUAAAGAUAGUUCAUAUUAGACCCCUCCAGAAUGUCAAUAACAUUUGCUUUUAAGCCUAAUCAACGUCACGUUGCCAGGCAUAAGAACUAAGAAGUAAGCAAAGUUAAAAUUAUAGUGGAGAGAGGAGGACUCUUGCCCCAUCUGCUUAAAUUUCCUGGUAUGAUCCUCAUCUUCUUAUUAUGGAUGCUGACAUUUCAUGCCCAAAAAAGGAAGAAAAUUGGUGGAUCCUGAUGUAGCCAGUUAGUACUAAUUGGCUGAAAUUAGUAACCAAGAGCUUGAUUGCAAAAUCUAAGGAAGUGGAAUUAAGUACAGUACCGUGU